AUGCACCCUUCCGCAUCCAUCGUCCAAGGCUGCAAUCAUUUCUAUCCUUACGGCUGCACUCCCCCCGAGUACCUCCUGGGCGGCGUCCCCAUGGACGCCCGGCGCGCCGACAUGCUCCUGCUCGGCUGCUCCGACGCCCGCCACGCGCUCUUCACCCUCUGGACCUACGGCUCCGAGUGCAGCCGGGAGCGGGGGCGCUGGGACGGGCUCACCUCCGAGGAGCGGCGCCAGCAGAACCAGCAGCACCCCGACGGCCUGCGAACGCUGCGCUUCACCAUGAACGACCGGGAGCCGGCCUGCCUUGCCCGCGUGCUGCUGCUGCUCCAGCUCUUUUGCAACAGCCACGAUGACUUGCUGAGGGCGUGCUCGCCGGACGCUCCGCCCGAGCAGCUAGACGCUUACUCGGCAAAAAUCGCGCUGUGCUUCAACGCCUACUACAACAUCUACGUCGACAACGCCACGCUUCAGGCCACCCAGGCCGCAGCUAACCAGCUCCUGGAAGCGUCAGCGUCGCCCGCCUCUUGGAGCAUGUCUCCCGUCGGAUCUAUCGCCCAUAUUGCAGGCCGGAGCUCUCUAAACCGCCUGCGCUGCAUGUGGUACGUGUAUGCCGAUACGAGCAUUGUCCAGAUCAAGCCGAAGAAGCAAUUGGACAAGGAACGCAAGACCUACCAUGAUCAAACGGUGUUCCCUUCGAAGAACGCCUCUCCCAUCCUCCUGACCGGCGAGGGCCCCGGCAUCGCCGCCCCAAAGGCGAUGGAGUGGGGCACGGAGAUGACGGGCAUCCACAGACAGUACCAGUCGUGGGGAUACCUCGACCCCUUCCCGGUGCUCCGCGACGGCGCUAGGAGCGACCGCAAGUACUACACCAAAACCAACCCCGCCAUGGUCGCGACGGAUCACGAGGAGCUAGACUACCAGGUGCACCACAGCUGCAACCCGUUGAGCGCCUUCCACCACGACGACGUUUGGCUCCCCUUCAAGCCGCGGGAGCACGAGAAUACGCACGACGGCGGGCGAUACAACAUGACUGGCGCUAGCGGGUGCAUGCCCCUGUACGCGGGCCCCCCGAGGGUUACGGGGGUGGACCUUACCGUCACGGAGUCCCCCUUGGAAUUUGAAGACGAACCGGAAGAGGCCAAGCAGCAUAUUAUGUCGAAACUCGUGGCGACCUGCCUGGAGCAACUGUCGCGAAUGUGCUGGGCGGUCAGCUGGGCUCGCCUCGAGAAGGAGCAAUCGUCCAGUGCUGCGCUCGCAAAGCAGGGGAAGCCCAGGCCCUCCGUGGACGUGCGGAUGAACUUUGUUUUGGGCGACGCCGUGGACACGUGCGACGCGAUGUGCUUACUUUCCUCCGAGGGCCUGGCCGCGUGGGGCAAGGCGCGCGAUGGCCACGAGCCGGGCAGAGUGUGCAGCUUCAUGCCCAACAUGUCUCUCUCCCCAUGUCAACUGGAGCUUGCCGAUCUGGACGGCCCCGCCAGGUCCGUGGAGGGCUUGGACGCCAAGGGCAAUAAGAAAAAAAUGAAGAAGAAGGAGACCAAGAUGGCCGCCGCUGCUUACGCCGCUCUGACGGACGAGGACUGGUGCACCACUAAGGUCCAGGAGUGCGCACUGCUUCUCGGUGUUGUUCCCGUGAGCGGCGUCGCGCCCGCCGUGGGCCACUUCCACACCAUGCUGGAGGCCGCCCGAGCUGCCAAGACGAACAAGAAGAACGCCGACAUCGGAGACCUCGGCCAGCGCCUCCGCCUCGCCUGGAAGCAGGUCUGCCUCAUUGACCAGCGCGCCGGUGCCUUCGUCGCAUCCAAGGACCGUGUCGCCACUACCCUCCACCCGCGAGCGGACCUAUCCCCGGAGGAAUUUGCGGACAUGAUGCUUCCGUUCUGGUUGUUUAUGACGCGUAGCCUUUAUGUUGAGACCGCAAAUCUUGUGGAACACCUGCACAGGAAUUAUUCCACGGGGCUUUUCGACUCGAACGUUGUGGAUCAGCUGGAUGUCCACAUGCACCUGUUGUCCCUGUUCAGGACUGAGGCCAUGGGUGCCACAGACGUGGUGCGUUGGGCCCUCGACUGCCCGUGGUGGGACAAGAAGCCUUCGGCGGAAGGGGUCGUCCCCAAGGGGUCCCCGGGCAUGUGCCGCGUAGUCAUGCUGGCCCCGCAGGAGGCGGUGUCGAUCGUCCGACACCUGCGGAACCCCGCCCUCUGCAUCCUCAUGAACGAUGAAAGCCAGAAUGUCAAGACCCUGAUCAGCACCCUCCACUGUUGCUUCGUGCGGGUGAAUCGUGGCUCCGGCCCCUUCUCCCCCAAAGACAAGGAGGGCGAGCCUUGGUACGUGCUAAGGGAACGCUUGCUGAGGGUCAAGGAAACAGUGCCCGAUGAUCCCGAGGCAGAGCUGAUGGUUUCCUUCCUACUAGGCUCCAAGACCCUCAUCCCGGCCGAAGCGAAUCAGAUCGAGCUAGAGCUGCGGCUGAAGACUGCAGAGGGGGUCAUCUUUCGCACCAACCUCGAAGAGCGGGGCGAGACCGUGGUCGUGUUCCCCAACAAGAGAAACACCGCCACCACCCUUGAGCGCUGGCUUCCCCAGAGCAGCGAACGGCAGCUCCUUCUGCAGGACGACAAAGGGGUGGACCCCGGGCUGGGGCAGCGUCGCGUCGGCAAGAUGAACCGCUACAUCAUCGCUCCCGGCAGGCCGGAGUUGUACCUCCCUACCGGCCCCUUGCGCAAGAAGAGCGACUGGGCAUCGAAUACAAUCGAGGUUGACGAAGAGGGCGAAGGGAGAUACAUGGGGUAUACCCUGAACAUGGUCAACCCGGCGGCCCGCGCCCUGCUCGCCGACAAACAGACCGAAACUGAGAUUAACGUCCUCCCGCCUUGCGGGGUUGAGGUAAUAAUAAUUUAG